CCUAGCGUUGGACUUCAACUUCCAGACCUAGACCAAAGAGUGUUGAAAAUGUUAAAGGCUGUGCUGAAGAAGAGCCGAGAGGGCGGAAAGGGAAACAAGAAGGAAACGGGAGGUGACUUCAGUCAAGAGUCUUCUCCAGUCCCACCCCCUGGUCAUGGUGUCGACGCUCCUGUGAGCCUAGCAGAGGACACCUAUCGGGUGAGCUUGGCCAAAGGUGUCUCAAUGUCUCUGCCUUCAUCACCCUUGCUGCCUCGACAGUCUCACUUGGUGCAAUCAAGAUCAAACAAAAAAUCCCCAGGUCCCGUCAGGAAGCCCAAGUAUGUGGAAAGCCCCAGGGUGCCUGGAGAUACAGUUAUAAUCCCGUUCCGAGAAGUGUCCAAGCCCACAGAGCCAAGUGAGAAUGAAGCAAAGACCGAUAAUGAACCGAGCUGUUCACCGGCAGCUCAAGAACUGUUGACAAGGCUGGGAUUUUUACUGGGAGAAGGGAUCCCAAGUGCCACACACAUAACCAUUGAAGACAAAAAUGAAACCAUGUGCACAGCUCUGAGCCAAGGCAUCAGUCCUUGCUCCACACUAACAAGCAGCACGGCAUCUCCUAGCACCGAUAGCCCCUGCUCAACCUUGAAUAGCUGUGUCAGCAAGACGGCAGCCAACAAAAGUCCCUGUGAGACCAUUAGCAGCCCUAGUUCCACCCUGGAAAGCAAGGACAGUGGAAUUAUCGCCACGAUUACAAGUUCAUCCGAAAACGAUGACCGGAGUGGCUCCAGUUUGGAAUGGAAUAAGGAUGGAAGCCUAAGGUUAGGGGUUCAGAAGGGAGUGCUUCAUGAUCGCAGGGCAGAUAACUGCUCCCCAGUGGCAGAAGAGGAGACCACUGGGUCAGCGGAGAGCGUGCUGCCCAAAGCGGAAUCCUCAGCUGGAGAUGGUCCGGUCCCUUAUUCUCAGAGCUCCAGCUCGCUAAUAAUGCCACGGCCCAACUCAGUUGCAGCCACAAGCUCUACCAAAUUGGAAGACCUGAGUUAUUUAGACGGGCAGAGAAAUGCUCCUCUACGGACUUCAAUUAGGUUACCGUGGCACAAUACGGCUGGAGGUAGGGCACAGGAAGUUAAAGCACGAUUUGCUCCCUACAAGCCACAAGACAUUUUGUUGAAACCCCUGCUGUUUGAAGUCCCAAGCAUCACAACAGACUCCGUGUUUGUGGGAAGGGAUUGGCUCUUUCACCAGAUUGAAGAAAACUUGAGGAACACAGAGCUGGCAGAAAAUAGAGGAGCAGUGGUUGUUGGAAAUGUGGGAUUUGGGAAGACGGCAAUCAUUUCCAAGUUGGUGGCGCUGAGCUGCCAUGGGAGCCGCAUGAGGCAGAUUGCGUCCAACAGCCCCAGUUCAUCACCUAAAACAGCAGAUCCCACCCAGGACCUUCCUUUCACUCCAUUGCUUUCACCGAGUUCUUCUACAAGUGGCCUCAAUACUACCAAAACACCUUCAGGGCCUGGUACUUCUGAAAACCAGAGACCGAGAGAGGAGGCGGUGAAAUACCUGGCUUCUAAGGUGGUGGCUUACCACUACUGCCAGGCUGACAACACGUACACAUGCCUGGUGCCUGAGUUUGUGCACAGCAUUGCCGCUUUGCUCUGCCGGUCCCAUCAACUGGCUGCCUACAGAGACCUUCUGAUAAAGGAACCUCAGCUGCAGAGUAUGCUGAGCCUCAGAUCCUGUGUGCAGGACCCCGUGGCUGCUUUCAAGAGGGGAGUGCUGGAGCCGCUCACCAGCCUGAGAAAUGAGCAGAAAAUUCCUGAAGAAGAAUACAUUAUUUUGAUAGAUGGCUUAAAUGAAGCUGAGUUUCAUAAACCUGAUUAUGGAGAUACACUUUCUUCAUUUAUUACCAAAAUUAUUUCUAAAUUUCCUGCCUGGUUGAAGUUGAUUGUGACUGUAAGAGCAAAUUUUCAGGAAAUCAUAAGUGCACUGCCAUUUGUCAAGCUUUCCUUAGAUGACUUCCCAGACAACAAAGACAUUCACAGCGACCUGCACGCCUACGUGCAGCACCGAGUGCACAGCAGCCAGGACAUCCUCAGCAACAUCUCCCUGAAUGGCAAAGCAGAUGCUGCGCUCAUCGGGAAGGUCAGCAGCCACCUGGUGCUGCGGAGCCUCGGCUCCUACCUGUACCUCAAACUCACCCUGGACCUCUUCCAGAGGGGACACCUGGUCAUUAAAAGCGCCAGCUACAAGGUGGUGCCCGUGUCUCUGUCCGAGCUCUAUUUGCUGCAGUGCAAUAUGAAGUUCAUGACCCAGUCAGCCUUUGAGAGAGCACUUCCGAUUUUAAACGUGGCCCUUGCGUCCCUCCACCCCAUGACGGAUGAGCAGAUUUUUCAGGCUAUUAAUGCCGGCCACAUCCAAGGCGAGCAGGGCUGGGAAGACUUUCAGCAGAGGAUGGAUGCCCUCUCCUGCUUCCUCAUUAAGAGGAGGGAUAAAACGCGCAUGUUCUGCCACCCAUCCUUCAGGGAGUGGCUGGUCUGGAGAGCAGAUGGCGAGAGCACAGCCUUCCUGUGUGAGCCCAGGAGUGGACACGCUCUCCUGGCGUUCAUGUUCUCUCGACAGGAGGGCAAGCUGAACCGCCAGCAGACCAUGGAGCUUGGCCACCACAUCCUGAAGGCCCACAUUUUCAAGGGCCUCAGUAAGAAGACUGGAAUCUCCUCCAGCCAUCUGCAAGCCCUGUGGAUAGGGUACAGCACCGAGGGUCUGUCUGCCGCCCUUGCCUCUCUCAGGAAUCUCUACACUCCCAACGUGAAGGUGAGCCGGCUCCUGAUUUUGGGAGGGGCCAACGUGAACUACAGGACAGAAGUGUUAAAUAAUGCCCCCAUCCUGUGCGUCCAGUCUCACCUGGGCCACGAGGAAGUUGUUACUCUGCUCCUGGAAUUUGGGGCCUGCCUGGACGGGAUGUCAGAGAACGGCAUGACUGCACUCUGCUACGCAGCAGCUGCUGGCCACAUGAAGCUGGUGUGUCUGCUGACCAAGAAGGGGGCACGGGUGGACCACUUGGAUAAGAAAGGCCAGUGUGCACUCGUCCACAGCGCUCUGCGGGGCCAUGGUGACAUUCUCCGGUAUCUGCUGACCUGUGAGUGGUCAGCAGGUCCUUCCCAGCCCGCCCUGAGGAAGAGCCAAGCCCUGCAGCAGGCACUGACAGCAGCUGCCAGCAUGGGCCACAGUGCGGUGGUCCAGUGCUUGCUGGGAAUGGAAGAGGAACAUGAAAUAGAAGUCAAUGGCACCGACACGUUGUGGGGAGAAACAGCGCUGACUGCGGCCGCGGGAAGAGGGAAGCUGGAGGUCUGUGAGCUGCUGCUGGAGCGUGGAGCUGCCGUAUCUCGGACGAACAGGAGAGGGGUCCCUCCUUUGUUUUGUGCAGCACGCCAGGGGCAUUGGCAGAUCGUUAGGCUGCUGUUGGAACGUGGCUGUGAUGUGAACCUGAGUGACAAGCAGGGCCGGACGCCCCUCAUGGUGGCUGCCUGUGAAGGGCACUUAAGCACCGUGGAAUUCCUCCUUUCAAAAGGUGCCACCCUUUCUUCUCUGGACAAAGAGGGUCUGUCUGCRUUGAGCUGGGCUUGUCUGAAAGGCCACAGGGCAGUGGUCCAGUAUCUGGUCGAAGAAGGAGCUGAGAUAGACCAGACAGACAAAAACGGCCGUACUCCCCUGGACCUGGCCGCCUUCUAUGGCGAUGCCGAAACUGUGCUGUACCUUGUUGAGAAGGGAGCCGUGAUUGAGCAUGUGGACCACAGCGGAAUGCGUCCCUUGGACAGAGCCAUUGGUUGUCGAAACACCUCUGUUGUGGUUACACUACUCAGAAAAGGAGCCAAGUUAGGAAAUGCUGCCUGGGCGAUGGCCACUUCCAAACCUGAUAUCUUGAUUAUACUUUUACAGAAAUUAAUGGAGGAAGGAAACAUGAUGUACAAAAAAGGGAAGAUGAAGGAGGCAGCCCAGCGGUACCAGUACGCCUUAAGAAAGUUUCCUCGAGAAGGAUUUGGGGAGGACAUGAGACCUUUCAAUGAACUAAGAGUUUCCCUUUAUCUCAAUUUGUCUCGAUGCCGAAGAAAAACAAACGACUUUGGCAUGGCAGAAGAAUUUGCUUCCAAGGCUCUGGAAUUGAAACCCAAGUCCUAUGAAGCCUUUUAUGCUAGAGCAAGAGCGAAGAGAAAUAGCAGGCAGUUCGUGGCAGCUCUGGCUGACUUGCAGGAGGCUGUGAAACUCUGUCCCACCAAUCAGGAAAUCAAGAGGCUCCUGGCCCGUGUAGAAGAGGAGUGCAAGCAACUCCAGAGGAACCAGCAGCAGAAACAGCAGUGCUCCCCUCCAGCUGCACCGGGUGCCUCUGAUAAYGAAGAUGAGGAGGACACCCCAACCCCUGGGUUAAAGGACCACUUUCACUUCGAUGAGGCCGAAGAGGAGGAAACUUCUCCACAGGAAGAAUCCAUUUCCCCGACUCCCAGGUGCCAGCAGCCAUCCUCGUCUGCCCCUUCCCCGUAUAUCCGAAACCUUCAAGAAGGGUUACAGUCCAAAGGCAGGCCAGUAUCGCCACAGAGCAGGGCAGGAGUCAGCAAGUCCCUAAGGGAGACUGUGGCUCAGCCGGGGUUGGUUAUGCAGCCCACCAAACAGGCACAGAUAGUGAAAACAAACCAACACCUGGGUUCUGGCCAGUCUGGCAUCAGAAACAGUAGCACAAAAAUACAGGUCUCUUGUCAGAAUCCUCCUCCAAGCCCCAUGCCAGGCAGGAUCCCUGCAGCUCCUGCUGGGAGCAGAAACCAGCAUGUAGAGGGAGCAGGUACCUUUACUGUUGGAGCUGGUUCUAGCCACUUUGGGGAUCAGCUGGGCCCCAGCCAGAAUGUCCAGCUGCAGCGCAGUGAGAGUGGUGCUGCAUAUGCUCUGCCAAGCAAGGCGAAAACUGCCGAGAGGCUCCUGUGCCAUGCCUCUGUGGCCAUGGAUGUAGCCCCUCCGAGCCAGGGYGGACCAGUGGGCUGCGGCGAUGCACGACACCCAGCUUCCCUCACCAGCUCAGGCUCCUCUGGUUCUCCAUCUAGCAGUAUAAAGAUGUCAAGUUCAACCAGUAGUUUGACUUCAAGCAGUAGUUUUUCAGAUGGCUUCAAGGUCCAAGGACCAGAUGCUCGAAUUAAAGACAAGGUUGUGAGCCAGGUGCAGAGCAGCGCCACCGAGCAUAGGCCCCCCCGCAGUACUCCAUUCAUGGGGAUCAUGGACAAGACGGCAAGGUUCCAACAGCAGAGCAACCCUUCAAACCGCACCUGGCACUGCCAGGUGGCAGAGGGGCUACUGACGGGCACAUCCCCCGCUGCAGCUGGCCUGCAGUGCUCUAACUCUGAGAAGCCCUCUCUCAAACAAGGAUAUACCAGCCAAGCCAAAACCUGUUCUGCCUCCACCCUGAGUGGCAGUGUCCACAAUGGGGCCCAGGUGAAGGAGCUAGAAGAAAACAAGUGCCAAAUUCCAGUCCACCGCCAAGACACCAGGGUAACUAAGAGCGUUUCUCAUCUUUACCAGGAAAGUAUCUCCAAGCCACCACCUCAUGUCAGUAAUGAAGCCCACAGGAGCCACCUCACUACAGCGAAACCAAAGCGAUCAUUCAUAGAGUCAAAUGUGUGAGCCUAAAGAGACUCAUUUGUAGGAUUUGGAAAAGUGUGUUGGCUCCUGGUGGUAAAUAAUUAAAUGGUUUUUCAUCAUAAAAAUCACUUUUUAGCCAUGUUUUUUUUUCUUUUUUUUCCCAUCUAGGGUGGAUCAGAUGCAACUGAUAUAUUAAAAAUAUAGAAUAAAACUUUAAUAAGUCACUAGAAAUCACCAUAAUAACGCUAAAUAGAACUAAAAACUACAGUUAGCUUUACCCAUCAAGUUAAAAAUUUAAGACAGUAAAGAAGAUGUCAACUUUUCUUAGGAAAAUUAUUUGAUUUUUAUCACUUUCCUCCUAGCCUUUGCUAUGUGGUAAAAUCAUGGUACUUAACAAUGGCCUUUUUUUUUUUAACAAAAGGUUUAACUCAUGAUAUAAUAUCCUAAUGACAUAUUCUAGAAAAGAUGGGAUUUUCAAGUUACAGUUCCAUUGAGUCAAAUUCCAAUUUUAUUUUUACAUAUAUAUACAAUUAAAACCUGAGUGAUUUUUAGCUGAAUUUAUAUGACUAUAAAUAUAGCUUAUAUUUUCUUUUUUUGUUCUUUAAGCAAAACAUGAAGUAUUGUUCCCUUUAUAAAAGAAGUUCUUUUAAGAGGAUUAAACACUUAUUCCCACGUUACGGUUCUUAAUCAAAAUACUUUUAUAGCACCUUUUUUGAAACAAUAUUCAUGCUUCAAGGUGUUCUAAUAYGUGGAAACAGUCUAAGCUCUCUGGAACCUUGAUUGGUUGUCCUAAAUUGGAUUUGAGCUAAAAUACUAAGAGCAGCAUUCUUAGUAGCUAAUAGAUUCCGUCUCAACUGGUUUCAAACUGCUCUUAUCAGUGCUAAUGUUCCUAAAACAAGCCUUCCAACAUCCCUUAAGGACAGUAUUUAAGUUGGUUAUUUAACAUAUGGUUGGUUGUUGCUUUUGUUAUACAAUCAUUACUUCAUAGUCACAUGUUGUAUAUAUUAAAUAGCCCAGCCUUAUUUGAACUUGUAAAUAUAACUAUUUCAAAGUAGUUAAUCUAAAACCAGAAGCAAAUAAAAUCCCAGUCAUGUAUUUGCAUGUUCUUUGUAAGUUUCAUCCACGCUGGUUAUUGCACUGAAUGAUGUAUUAUUAUGGCAUGUUAACAGUAUAUCAAUAACGGCACUUUAUCUCAUUUAUAUAAGAACACCUUCGAGGUGCUACUUAAGUMCAAACUGAUGUAUUAUGCAUUUGUAAAGACAAGGUACAAGAAUGAACCUUGGUUCAAAGGUAUUUUUAUAUGAAAUUGUGUGCUAUUGGAGGAUGUUAAGAUACUAGGUUAAGAGAGGUGGAAGUAUAUUUGUUUUAUAUGUUGGGAUGUGAAAUUUAUUUUCUAGAAUUGGGGAAAAGGAAGUUCUAUAUUUGCAGAAUGUUUUAAAAAUGAAUAGUUAUGAAGUUCCUGUGAACAUCUUUAGGGUUUUGUAUGAAUAGGAACUUCCUGGUGUCAUUCUUCAACAUUUGUUCCUGCGUGUGUGUACAGUGUGCUUUGUAUAAACAGCUUUAUCAUUUUUAUAGGCUUUCCAUGAGUUCUUCUAUAACUACUAUAGCUUAUUUAUUAUUUUCUUUAAUAUUUGUGAAAGUCUUACUCUUUUGUUAUGUAGUUUUGUUUCUGCACAACUACUGUACUUUUCCAUAAGGAAUAAAGGCCAUUA